AUGAGUAAAGAACCACACCCUACAGCAUUUAAUGCCAGUUUCAUGCCAACUACAAACCAGUCUCGACAUCUUGAGACAACCCCACCUUCUCUAACAAAAGUCAAUUGGAAAUCUUUUACCAGCACACCAAUAAAGGAUCCCUUCACGGGUGAAAUAUACCUAACUGAUAUUCAGUCAGGCACUGGGUCAAAAGAAAUACCUGAAAGUGCAAAAACUAUCACUGCGCCUCUUCCAGAUAUAUCAUUUGCGUCCGAACCGCAAGCUACACCCAGUCAAACAUUUGAAACCAUAUUAGGCAAAAGAUCAGCAGCAAAAAAUGGGGCUGGCAAGUUUCAGGUUCCAAUCACCCCCAAAUCAAGUACUAAGAAACUGAAAGAAACAAGUGCAACCUUCAAAGCUUUAAGGCCAACUAUCAAUGACGUGAAACCAAUGCAACAAAGACAAGAACCUCCCCGAGUCAAACCAUUCUCUCUUGUACCAGAAUCAAAGAAUCGCCGUAUUGAUCCCAGAACUUCAGGCCUACACACCAAUUUUGAUUUAGCUUCACUUUUCUCAUCUGGAACAUCAUCCAAUACAGUCUCAGUGGUUUAUGACUACAAUGAAAUCGAAAGCAUAAGAAAUCAAUUAAUACAUACAUUGGUUGACAAUUGCAAACAUGCUAAUUUUGCAAAUAUUUAUCAACUUGGGCAAUUAAGAUUAGCCGACGAACUAUCAGUAUGCACAGGAGAAACCGAAAUCUUCUUUGAAAAACUUGUUUAUUUGUUUGAGGAUCAUAUACUAGUUUGGAACCAUCAUGACUACCUUGAAGAGCCGCGACUUAUUCCUGUAAACAACGUCAAAAUAUCGUCGAAGGAGUCAGUCGUACAUAUUUUGCAAACGACAGAUGAUUAUCCAUAUGUGACAAUGUUGCAAUCUCCAUCAAGUGCAAUAAUUGAAAAAUGGGUAGUUGCACUUUCCGAUCGUAAUCUUGUCAUUCCAGCAGAAGUUAUAACCAACACUAUUAAGCUGGUUACAAACAAUUUGAACAAACGGGACCAGAAUCCUAGUAUCUCAUCAUCCAUUCACGAUGUUUCUACAAUGGACUCAGAUAUCGAUUCUGACCAAGAGAGAAUUGAUAAAAUAAUACAAGGCGAUAUGCUUAUGUAUGAUCGGGAGUUUUUAUGA